UUAAUGAGGAAGAAGAAGAAACUUCCUCCAGGGCCAAGAGGACUUCCACUUAUUGGGAAUCUUCACAUGUUAGGCAAGAAUAUUUACCAAGAUCUUUAUAAAAUAGCCAAGAAAUAUGGUCCCAUAAUGUCCAUGCGAUUUGGUCUUGUUCCUGUCGUUGUUGCUUCCUCUCCUUAUGCUGCAAAACAAUUCUUGAAAAACCAUGAUCUGGUUUUUGCUAGUAGACCUUACAGUGAAGUUUCUCAAUACAUUUUCUAUAAUCAGAGAAAUCUGGUCUCUAGCAAGUACGGACCUUAUUGGAGAAAUAUGCAUUUUCAAUACAUUUUCUACAAUUGCUUAGCAAUGUCAAGAUCCAUUCUUUUCAGCCUAUGAGGAAACAAGAAGUUGGAAAUCUUGUGAAUUUCCUCAAACAGGCGGCUGCUUCUGAUGGCGAUGUUGUCGUUAAUCUUAGUGAUAAAAUUGGAUCCCUUAGCACGAACAUGGCCUGCAUGAUGUUAUUUGGGAAGAAGUACAUGGACGAGGAUCUUGGCGAGAAGGGUUUCAAGGCUCUGGUUCAAGAGACAAUGCGUAUAAUAGCAAUGCCAAAACUUGGUGAUUACAUUCCUUGUCUUUGUGUGCUUGAUCUCCAACGAUUGACUCCUCGUAUGAAAGAAUUAGCUAAGCUUUUUGAUGAAUUUUUGGAGAGAGUUAUCGACGAACAUGUUCAUCAAUCCACUAAUGAGCAUAAGCAAGCUAAAGAUAUUGUUGAUACACUGAUGGACAUUAUGCAAUCUGGAGAAGCUGAGUUCGAGUUUGAUCGUCGCCAUGUCAAAGCAAUUUUGCUGGUAAUGUUCACUCUAAAUGCCCUUUCUUUGUCUGUCUAAAGUUAGGGUUAGUUUC